AUGUUAACAGAUUCUCCGGUCAAUUGGCCGUUAUUUCUUUUUACCAGUCUAGUCAUAUGUCUUCGUUCAUUUGCUGCACCAUUGUGUGUAUGGUUUUUAAAUAAGUAUUAUUCACCAUCAUCGGUAAUCGACAAACUUACAACAGAAUUGAAGGUGAUUACGAAUGAAUUGGGACAAAUUUCUCAACAAGAUCAAUUCGCUGCUUAUACUCGCAAAGAACGGCAACGUAAUGCGCUUGUUCAACGUCUCAAAGACGAACGAAAUACUAUCGAAUUAAAACAAAAGAAUUUUGUAACUUAUAUCCGAAUGGUACUAAACAUAGGAACUGUUUUAAUGAUGAUUAUAUUAACAGUAACAGGUUAUCGACACGAAUCAGUUCCGUUAUUUAAUUAUCCUUUCUUUCGUUUUCCUUUAAUUCUGUGGAUUUUAACGUUGAACACAUUUGUAACAUCAUUGGUAGAUAUUUAUAAAAGACAUCAAACGAAUGUUUUGUGA